AUUUGGUAUGGAUUUUUUCGCGCCGGCGCGAAACGUGUUUGCUUGCUUCCAACUUCCCCUGUAUUUUAAUUUUUACGAUGAAAUAGUGCUGUAACUUGAAUCCGUAAAAUCGUUAAUAAAUAACCUCACCUUAUUAUGUCUAAAAUGCAAGUUUUAUAAGUGCCAGAGCAAAUAGAAUACAACAAUAAAUGUAAUAAUGUUAGUGGUUUAAAUUAGUGUUAAAUAUUACAGAGGUGAUUGUUAAAAAUGGGUUCUAUCGUGUUGAGAAGUCUAUCCAUCCUUUUAGGGGUGUUUUUUAUAUUCGUGGGGAUAACCAAGCUAACUCCAUUCAUUUCGAAAGAACUACAUAAAGAUUUGAGAAAAGAAUAUGUGAGAUACGCGAAAGUGUUUCCAUUGACGGAAACAUUAGAUUUCAAAUUACCUUCGAAAUGGUAUCGAAGAGCAGUUGGUGGCCUCGAAAUAUUAUUUGGAUUAGCUCUAGCAGCUAUACCUAGUCAUAAAAUCAAGAACACUGCUAACAUUGGCCUUGUUCUGUUAAUGAUACUAGCAGCAUAUUCACAUGUCAUGGUGGGUGAUCCCUUCGACCGCUGUGCUCCAGCGCUGGUUUUCUUCUUCAUGCUCAGUGGAAGACUUGUUGUUUGGUAUCAAAUUAGCCGCCGAGAAGAAAUGGAGAGAGCCGCCGCUACACAGAAUGGGAAUGGGCUCAAGAGAGAAUAGUCAAGUUUUAGAUUUAUAAGAAAUUAUGUACGUUUAUAAGUAACCUAAUAGCAUUGUUACAAAAUGCUAUUGAAUAUUAUUAUGUAUUAGUCAUAUUUUUACCGUAGGAUAUAAAAACGAAACUACUUAAAAAUAUGACUGAGUUCUCUAUGAAUGUCUUAGCGUAGUAGGAGAUGUUAAUUUCUUUUACUGAUUAACUUAGAAAUACAAAAAUAUUGCUCGGUGGGUAAUUAAUUAAUCACACUGUGAUGAUGCUAGUCAAAAGUUGCGAAAUAUGAAUUUUGUUACACUACUCAGCUUCUUAGUAUAAACCCUGAUAGUGCAUACUCGUAUUGUUACAACGUGUCAACCACCUGGUUAAUUGAAAUAGGACAUUCAGGUGAAUUUCUUAUUUUCCAGGUGAGUACGCUUCAAGAGAGUAAUUUGUACCUAAAAGUGAUAUUAAUUUAAGCGAUAUGUGCUAGGUUCAUUUUGUAUGUGUGAGUGAUGUGUAUGUGAGUCAUUUAUAGAUCCAUAAUAAUAACUGCCAACGCGUAUUGAUAGGUUUAACUAAUAUUUACCUACUGCACUUAAUAAAUCUAAUACCCAAAAAGGUAAAAAUUUAAACAGCACAUUUUAAUUUAACUAAAAUUACCAGUUUACUUACGUAAAUAUACUGACAUAAACAGAUUAAGGUAAUUUAGUAUGUCUCACGAUAGUUAUAUGUAUUAAAAAGCACAUUUUAAUGUUCUAUAUAUUAUGAUUUGCUCAACUUCUUCAUAUUUAAUAAUGUAAAAGCUUUUUAAUAGGAAUUUUCUUUAAUCAUUUAUUUAUUUAUUUAUUACGUAAACAAAUAAAGCUUCUUAACUAAGUUACAUAAAAGGCGACAUUAAUGCAAGGAUUUUAUCUUACUGUACGUUAUGUGGUGUGUGAUGUGAAUAAGUGAAAUUAUGGUCAAUGAAUAAAUGGAAAAUAUUA